UAAAUACAAAUUUAAUUUAAACAAACAUUUAUAGUAAGAUAAAUAUAUAAUAGUAAAUUUUCAGCAAAUUAGGUCAUGUCAAUUUCAUUAGGAGCCUCGUAUUACCAAUGGAUAGAGAAAGCACUAUGCAACGUUAAUCUGAUUCAUAUUGCGUCGGCAACAUUAAAUCAUGAAUUGUUUGGGAGAAACUACUAUUCUAGACAAAUAACAAUGCAGAGAGUAUGAAAUAUUGCUUUUCCCUAACAUUUGUCGAUGGUCGGUGUUCACCCUCGGUUUUAACACUGAUUUUAACAACACAUUUAUAUAUACUUAUGUUAUUUACUAAGAAUUAUAUUUUAAUUAAUUUAAACUCCAAAAUUUAUAUAUUAAUAACGUUUAAAAGAUCAGAGAAGAGAAAAAUUACAAAGCAUUUAAAUUUAAAAAAGUCUUAUUGUAGCUACAGGUAUGUUUUUGUUUCAAGGCCAAGAGACUUAUAAAUACGAAAUGGUCCCUUUACAGGUUUCGGUUUUUCAACAUUGUGAUCGAAGGCAGCAAAAGCAUACGGGAUAUUUAUUUCGUAUUAUCUAUUACACUGAGUAGUACUGUGAGAAACGGUGAUUUGAAAGGCCAAUACUACAUCUGGAUACUUUGUCUACUGUUUUUUGGACAGCUAGAUGACCAGUCAUAGGAUGUCAUGCAAUUCUAUUAACACUGCCGGUCUCUGUUUUUGGAAUAACUGAUAUGAAUUCACCAUUGCUGGCAACCCUUUUUGUAUAAUAAAGAACAUUGACAUUCAAGACAGUGUUUGAAUUUACUUACAGUCUCUGCAACUAAAUUAGAAUCAUCUGGUAACAGUCCAGUUUCAAAUAAGACCUAUUAUUUACUGUGAAGAUAACUGAUUGUUUUAAUAUGGAAAAAAAUUCCACCAAACAAAACCCUUAUGUAAGAUCAAGCAACAAUGAACAUCACAAGUUUUCUUCUGAAAGGCUUGAGAAAUAUGUCUCCUCUAAUAUUGUAGUUUCUAAAACCUCUCAAGAGUUUCACAGAAUUCAGCAAAAUAUUGUCUCUCACAAUCAGCAUGAAAGUGAAAGAAGGUCAUGUGGUGUGGGUUCUCAGCUUCAUCAUAGUGGAUAUAAACAUCCAAGAAGUGUUUUUCAUCAAAAGGUAUUGAACUCUAGUGAAUUAACAACAAACAGCCAAGGUAAACAUGGGAGGAAACAACCAACUCAUACAAGGUUUAAAGAGGAAUUGCUAUUUUCCUUGAAAUCAGCUAAUGAAACUUUAGCUGCCAGUAAUGAUGUGACUGAUUCAAAUUCAGAUUCUGAAAUAAGUGACCUUCAGAUACAAGAAAAUGUUUGUGAACUAUCUGUCUACAACUCAAAAGUAGAACAUUCUGAAAUUUCUGAUAGUGAGUCAAGUCUAGACACAGUACAUGGUGAGAACCAUGGCAACACUCAGGGCAGUGAAAUACGUGUUCAGGGGUUCAUUAGUGUAUUCUGGGAUAUGAAAGCCUGUCCAGUUCCUACUUCAAAAUCAUUUGUAGAUAUUAUGAACAAGGUACGAGAGACCCUUUAUGAAGGGCGAACAGAAUUUGAAAUAAAAAUUGCAAUUGAUUUCAAUGAGGUUAAUGAAAAGGGUCGUUUAUUACAAGAAUUGCAUGAUGCUAAGGUGACAGUUUAUCAUAUAGCAAGCAAAAACCCCUUCAAAUAUAGCCUGAGAAACUUUGGUAAAUUUUGUAGUGAAUGUAAGAAACAAGAGGCAUCACGACUGGUGGUUUUCACUGGGAAUUCAGUUUUUGCAUCUGAUUUGUGCAAUCUUAGAUAUGAUCUGGGUCUAAAUGUUAUUUUGAUACACAAUAGAAUAAUUGAAGAGUUUGUUUUAGGUAUUCCAAAUAAAUGUGUUUUAUAUGAUGAAUUUGUGAAGGAUCUUCCAGAUAGAGAAGGUACAGCUGAAAAUAAAGUUAUUGUGCACCUUGAAAAUCUGCCCAGCAAUGAACCAAAUGAAUGUGUGAAGAAAAAGCUUGAUGAGUUAUUGGAGAGUUCUGAUGGAAUCUUAAAGAAUGUAUCGGUGUCUGAGGGUUAUGUAUACUUCAGCAACACAACAUCUGCAAACAGACUAGUGAAAUAUUUAAAUGGAUAUAAGUUACUUGAUAAUGAAAUAAAAGCAACAUUGGUAUCAAAACCAAAUGUAUUUGCAACUAUGGUAAAGCAAACUAGUAAAGUAGGAACAGAAAACAAAGGAGCAAUGUGUAAGAGAGAUAAACAAAACCAAUUUAAAACAAACAAAACUAAAAUUAAGCCCAGAACUACUGAAACCACUGUGGUUCUUGAAUCUACAGAAUGCAUCACUGAUAAGAAUUUUUGGAUUCUUCGUUUAAAUCACAUUUUUAAGCAUGAAAUUAUAUCGUUGGAACUAAAAGAACUCACCUCAAAUAGAGGAGUUAUUCUUUUUUGUAGAUUUGCAAGCAUGGAAGAAGCAGAAAAAGCAGUAUCACUCUUGAAUACAUCUGGAAAAGAAACAAUAAACCUGGAAGUUAAAGAUACCAUAAAGAAAAAAGAUGAAAUGUCCUAUUAUCCAAACAAAGGUCUUAAAUUGCAGUUUGAUGAAUGUUCUCAGUUUAUUCAAAGUAAAGGAAACGAGAUCCUGCAAAAUAUCGAGGAAAAGCUGCAAGAAGCCAGAAAAGAAUAUAAAGACAGAGAGGUUUAUUUAUGUAAUAGAAAACAAUCAAAGAACAUCAAAAAUAAUAUGAAACUGACUGAAGAACUUUGUGCACUUGAAGUAAAAGUGAACCAGUUAGUAGAACAAAAGGAGGAGUUUUCUAGUUAUAUUAAAGCAAAGAUAGAGGAAAUUUCCUCUUUUGAAGUAGCUUCGAAAGCUAAUGUUGAAAUUACCAUAAAAAAUGUUAAAAGAGAUUUUGGAAGAGAAAUUAAUUGUGUCACUGAAGGCUUGCCAAUAUAUGGUAAAAAAAGUGAAUUACUAAGGAUGAUAAAAAAAGAACAGGUUAGUAUACUUUUGGCAGAAACAGGGUCUGGAAAAAGCACUCAGGUUGUUCAGUAUUUAUGGCGAUCUGGUUUGAUUGCAGACAAACAGAUUAUUUGUACACAACCAAGAAAAAUUGCAGCUAUAUCUCUAGCAAAGCAUGUGAGUGGACAGCUAGGUUUCCCUCUAGGGAAUAUUGUGGGAUACCAAGUGGGAAUGAGUAUCAAAAAGGAUAAGCAUACGAAAAUCACAUUCAUGACAGACCACACACUUUUAAAUGUUGCAGUCAAAGAUCAAACUUUUUCAGAUUGUGGAUGCAUUAUAAUUGAUGAGGCUCAUGAACGCAGUAUUUUUACUGACGUUUUGCUGGGUGUAAUUAAGCACUGUCUUUCACACAGACCAGACCUAAAAAUUAUCAUUACCUCUGCUACCAUUGAUCCAGAUUUUAUGACAUUCUUUGGUAUUGAAGAAAAAGCAUUAUUAAACAUACCUGGUCGGACGUUUCCUGUAGAAGUUGUCUGGAAGGACUGUGAUGUUAAGGAAGGUUGGGAUUAUCUAUCUGAUUCCAUAGACAUGGCCAUUCAGGUACACCAAAAACAACCACCAGGUGACAUUCUCACUUUUUUAACUUCACCUGCUGAAACAGAAAAAGCCGUAGAUUUGUUUCAAGAAAAAAUGAAACAAAAAAGUCCAGGUAGCUUUAUUUGUUUACUAGUUCAUGGAAAGCAAGAUAUUCAAGAACAAGAAAAAGUAUUUAAACCAGCUCCAGCAGGGAAACGAAAGAUAAUUUUUGCCACCAACAGUGCUGAAACAUCAGUUACUAUCAAUGGAGUCGUCUAUGUAAUCGAUUCAGGAAUGGUGAAAGAGCUGCAGUAUUCUCCUCAGAAGAAUUCUAAUGCUCUUGUUGUCUGUUUUGAAUCAAAAAGUGCGGCAGAACAACGGAAAGGCCGUGCAGGUAGAACCCAACCUGGAAAAUGUUUUCGAAUGUUUAGCAAAAACAACUUUGAGAACAUGAAGCAUUGUACUGUACCAGAAAUCUUGAGAACAAAUGUUUCUCAGGCUUUGUUGAAAAUCAUGGAAGUUAUUCCUGGCAAUCCCUUAAUGUUUGAUUUUGUUGAAUCUCCCUCAACAGAAGUUCUCAGAAAAGCAUAUGACCUUCUAGAACAUUUGGAUGCAGUGAAAGCUAAUGAACUAACAUGUCUUGGAAGAAAGAUGGCUAAACUUUCAUUAGAACCUCGUUUGUCUAGGUUGGUUAUUCAAGGAAUCUUUGGUGGAUUUGGUCUAGAUGCAAUUGUAGUUGCAUCUACUGCAACUGUUUCUCAUACUAUUUUCUUUCGCAUAGAAGAUAACAAAAAUGAAGCUGACCUGAAAAAGAUUCAGUUUUGUCAAACUGAAGGGGAUCUUUUUACUUACCUUAGUGUUUAUAAAGAAUGGUUUGCUGUUCCAAAAAAAUUCAGGCCUAGUUGGUGUGUUACCAAUUGCAUCAACAAUAAGGCAUUGAAGAUUGCUCAUGAAGUAGUAGAAGACUGUGUUAAUACUGUUAAGAAAGAACUGGGAAUUUCUGUGCAAAGAAGCUUCUGCAGUGACGACAACCAUAAAGAAAGAUUACAAAAUCUCAUUCUUGAAAGUUUUUCAGAUAACCUUUGUAUAUUUUCAGGCCACCCAAAAUUGGGAUAUUUUACAACAUCAGGAGAUCAGAUUCAUGUUCACCCAUCUGCAUACAUUCGUUGUCUAGACUGUGAUAUGCCAAAGUUUUUUGUCUAUGGUACUCGUCUCAAGACAUAUUUAGAAUAUGCUCUGUGCAUCUCCACUGUUUCUGAAGAGAUGGUUUCUAAACUGUUUCAAAGAAAAAAUCUCAACUUUGAUCUGGAUUCAUUUAAACAGCUUACUGUCCAACCAGUAAAACUUGGACCCAUAGGAAAAACUCUUCUACUAAGAGAAAUUCUUGGAAAUCAGUUAAGCAAGAUGAAUAUGUUUAAAAAUGAAAUUAAAAGCAUUACAAAUACUGAAGUAAUGCACAUAGAUUGGAAUGUGAAUAAAGGAGCUGUGUAUGUGUACAUAGCUCAACAGUUUACUUCUGUUAUAGAGGAAGUAUUCUACAAUUUCAUUAAAGAACCUAAACAAAAGAUGCUAGAAGAGGACAAAGAAGUUAAUUUUGCAGAACUACUAAACUACCCCAAGGGUGUAGGACCCACGAUAAUACUAGGCAGUGGUUCAGAAGUGAAAAACAUUUUAAUGCCUGGUGACUUUAGAACCAUUAUUCUUAACAUUAAUCAAAACACUAACAGUGUUAAGAUUCUUGAUACACUAAAAUCGUUUGGAAAAGUGAAAUCACACAGAGAAUUCAGAGAUAAGAAUAAAAUUCAUGUGACAUUUUUCGAUCCCGUCAGUGCUCAAAGAUCUCUUCAGUCCCUGAACAAUAAUACAGAUAUAAGAAAUGUCAGACCAUUUAUCCCUAACAUGUGUGAAACCAGACAUCGAGCAGUGAUGGAGGUAACUUGGUGUAGGAGGCCUUGUAAGGGUUAUGGUUUUGUAAACUUCAAAUCUCCAGACGAGUUCCUCUGUGUUGCUGAUCUGUUUUCUCAUUUCAGGAACUUUGCUGGUGUGACAGUCAGGAGAGACAGAAAAAAAGCUAACACGUUGUACCUUCGAAAUAUUUCAUCUUUUGCUACGCAACAAACAGUACAGAAAUCUCUGGAAGGAGUUCUUUAUGGAUUAGAUAUCAAUGUUGCUGUGAUUCGGGAAAACCCUUUUGUGUCUAGUUCAACUGAGUGUGAUAAUUUGGAAAGAGAGUUGACUUCAUUGAUUUCGAAAUUCUGCAGUGGGCAUAAUUUGGUUGUCAAGUUGCAAAAACCGAGGGAAAGUGACGUGAUGUGGAAAGCCAGAGUGUUUUUCACUCUUCCCAAAGAUGGGGAACAUGCUGCACAUUGUCUGAAUGGAGCUAAGAUUGGAUCACAAAAUGCUCCAUUGUCUCUUAAAAUAAAAUUUAAUUGUAUAAUGUUUUGUUGUUUAAAGUCAUAUAAUGCUGUAAAGGCAGUUUUUGAAGAAUCUAUAACUGAUUUCAAGAGGAUUGGUGCUUGUAAUGACAAUUUCAGCAUUGAAAUAACAAAGAUAAUGGAAAUCAAAGUAAAGGUAGUGAUCAGAACAGAUAACUUGCAUGACCUGAAGAGAGCUCAAAAGUUCUUUUUGGAAAUCCUUCAAGGUGAUCAGAUACAUUGUAAAGGAAGACCACUUUUGGAGAAACUGUUUGCUACACAUUCACAAAAAGUUAUGGAAACUAUAGAAAAAGACACAAACACGUAUAUCCACUUGGAUCACAAAUCAAAAAUUAUUUCCAUUUUUGGAUCUGUAGGAGCAUGCACCUUAGCUAAAUGUGAAUUAAAUAAAUGGUUGAACAUGAUGGAAGGCUGUGAAAUCAGUGUGUUUACAUUAAGGGACCAGAAAGGACCGAAAGGUUUACUAAAGGAACUGGUGAAAACUUAUGGAUACAGACUCACUGAUUUUAUAGAUAAAUGUGGUCUUGAAUCUGCAGAGAUUGACCUCCAGAAACAUCUACUUGUGGUAACUGGAGCUUCAUAUGCCAUAGAAAAAGCAGCAUCAGAAUUUGAACAUGUGAAGGAAAGGUUACUUGUGGCUCAGGAAAACCAUCCAGAUGUGGAUGAUGAAGAAUGUCCUGUGUGCUUCAUCACAGUAGACCCAACAGCUGGUUAUCGCUUGGAAUAUUGUGGCCAUCUUCAUUGUAAAGAAUGUCUUCUGUUACAAAUAGAAGCAAAACAAAUUCCUUUACUUUGUUCAGCAGAGGGCUGUGGACAAUAUUUUGUAAUGGAAGACCUUAAAAAAAUUCUUGAGGGCAAUGAAAAGCUGAGAAAAGAUCUUAUUGAAGAAUCCUUAAAAAAGUUUGUUGAAAUGAACAAGGAAUAUCGUUAUUGCCCAUCUUUAGAUUGUCCAAUGGUUUACCAUAUUACACCCCCUGGUGGUUCAUUUAUCUGCGGAUUUUGUGAAAAUGAUAUAUGUUCACAUUGUCACACACACUACCACAGUGGUAUUACAUGUGAGUUAAAUAAAACUUGUGCAGAAGAUGAAGAUUACUCUCUAGUGGUUUGGAUGGCGAAAGACGCUUCGAACAGAAAACUGUGUCCAUCGUGUAAGGCUCCCAUCGAAAAGAACGAGGGGUGUAACCACAUGUUUUGUAGUAAAUGUCAAACUCACUUUUGCUGGGUGUGCCUAGAGAAGUUUCGUAACGUAACUGAUUUUAAUAAGCACCAACCAUAUUGCCUACGAAAUUAAUUAGAGAGUCAGGGUCGUUAAAUCUUUAAAUAAAACACAACAAAUUAUCAUCAUCCUUCUUAAUUAGUAUAAAAUAACUUCAGUUAGAAGUUUUCCGAGAAACUGGUUUGAAACACAAAUAUUCCAUUUAUUGAUUUAUGUAUGUAUCGUAAGUAAAUAACCACUUCACCAAUUCCAAUCGGUAAUCCCCCCCCCCAAGGGGCACAGCGGUAUGUCUGCGGACUAACAACGCUAGAAACCGGGUUUCGAUACCCGUGGUGGGCAGAGCACAGAUAGCCCAUUGUGUGUAGCUUUGUGCUUAAUUACAAACAAACCUUUAGUUAGUGAAAAAAAAUCUAGCCACGAAUGACCAUUCUGAUGUAACGUGUUUAGCUAUAGUAAUGAAUAAAAUAUCAUUAAUAAAAGAAAGAAUAUUCUAUUGAUUGAUUUAUGUAUGUAUCGGGCCCGGGAUGGCCAGGUGGUUAGGGCGCUCAACUCACAAUUUGCGGGUUCGAAUCCCUGUCCCACCAA